AUGCCGAUCACUGUUUUGAUUCUCGGGAAUCGAGGUAGCACAUGGGCGCGUUGCAAUCAGGUGCGGCAGCAAGCUGUUCCGCUCAUCAAAGUGCAGUCGGCAGCAGUAGCAGCGACAGGCGGUGGUGUGCGAGCGAGCGAGCGAAGAGGGAAAGAGAAAGAUGUGGUUGAGGAACAGGGUGAAAGAUGGAGUACAGACACGUAUGUGGUUGACUCGGAUUCAUGCUUGCAGACGCAGUCAUCACAAACUACAAGACCAUGCUGUAUUUGUAUACUUCGUCUUGAGGAAAAAGUCAUGUCCUCCGAAUUUGGUGUGUAUAAGAAACGAUGGAUCUAUUUAUUUGUUGUAUGUUUGAUUAAUUUUUCCAAUGGGAACACAUGGAUCAGUUACGCUGCAAUCACUUUCUAUACUAAUGAUUUCUAUGGUAAUGCAAAUGCAGCGUUGUUGUUCAACGUGAUAUUCAUGGCAUUGUCGAUACCCGUGGGAUUUUUGGCGUGUUGGUGGACUGAUCGAUUCGGUUUGCGGUCGGCGUUUCAUAUCGGGGUAUGGACGAACUUUAUCGGGAAUGCGAUUAGAGUCGCCGGUUCCGGCGAGUGGUUUUCGAAGGAUGUACGAUUUCCUAUAGCAUUUACUGGACAAACGGUUGCUGCCUUUGCUCAACCAUUCGUCAUGUUCUUGCCGACAAAAUUGGCCGCAUUUUGGUUCCCGCCAGAUCAGAGAGUUAUAGCUAAUACACUUUCAUCGAUGUCAAAUCCAAUCGGAAUUGCUGUUAUGUAUUCCAUAUCUCCAACGAUCAUCAACGAAUCGCAUCCAAAUGCUUUUCCGCUAUUGGCAAGUUUAUGCGCUGGUUUGGCGGCUAUAACGGUAUUUUUUGGUCUUUUCAUCACUCGAUCGAAGCCUCCAACUCCUGUUGCUGCAUCGAGAGAUACCGACAUUGAAGUACCAGAUUUCUGGAUUGGAGUUAAAAAGUGCAUCCGGUGCAAAACGUUUUUGGUGCUAGCCAUCUCCUUGGGAGGUGGUGUUGGUCUCUUCAAUGCUUUGUACAAUAAUCUCCAACCGGCUCUUUGUGUAAUGGGCUAUUCACCACAGUUUAAUGGUGGUAUGGGAGCUCUUCUGAUUAUGAGUGGACUUGUUGGUGCUGCCAUUGCCGGAAUAUACGUGGAUAAGACUGGAGAAUUUGAGAAGACAAUGAAGAUUGGCUUUUUGCUAGCUGGUAUUGCCGCAUGCUCUCUGGCGAUAUCCAUAAAUUUUGAAGAUGUAGAAGGCUGGGUGGUCACAUCCCUAUUUCUUUUUGGUACAUUUGGGUUUUCUAUAUAUCCUAUUGGUCUUGAAAUGGGAGUUGAAGCUACAUUUCCAGUUGCAGAAGCAACAUCUACAGGAUUAAUUAUUAUGAUCGGACAAAUUCAAGGUGUUGUUUAUGUAAUCCUUACAAACGUAUUUGCUGGAAAACCGGAUCCUCAUAACCUAGCAGCUCAGACAUGUGUUGAUAACAAUUCGAAUCUGAACACUGUUGUAACUUGGAGUGUUCCAUAUAUGAUUUGGGCUGGAUGUGUUUGUCUGACGAUUAUUCUCUUUGUUGCCUUAUUUUGGCCGAAGUACAAACGACGAGAGUACGAGACCAUCCAAGCUGGGCUCAAAAGAGAGGACGGGUCGAUAAAAACCAUCGAACAGGAUGUGACACGUUUCUGA